GCCGAUCUGCUGCCGAUGCCGCAAAAGAAGCGCCCCCGCCGUAGGGGGUCUCCUCGCGAAGGAUCCUCCCGCCGGCGCCGUGGUGAAGAUGGCGCAUGGUUGUCUGGAUCCCUUGUCGAAUCGGAUGGCAGCAGCAGCAGCAGCAGCACGUCCGGCGCACCGUCGCCGGAAUCCCUCGACGAGCCGUCGGAGUCGGACACCCGGUCGUCUCGCAAGUACGAGUCGAGGUACCAUGAGAUGCUCGCCUCGCGCCUCGCCGUACUGCCUCUACCAGCCUACGCCGACGACGAAGGCCCAGAUCUCCCUUCUGCUGAAACUUUCGAAGCCCUCGUUCGUCCUUAUUUCUAUGAUGACGAGCUGCGGGCUGCUCUGGUAGAGUACCAAGUCCACAAGUUCUUGAGCCGACCAGAGGAUGUCCAUGGACGAGAUGGAGAUUCAGGAGAAGUUGAUUCGUCCUCCUCACUGAUGGAUGAUAUCCCCGAGGAGGAAUUCGAGGCAGACGAUGCACGGCUCAGGUCUCACAUAGUACAUGAAGUUGACACCGAGGAUAGAUUGGAUGAAGAGGAGGCGAACAGGCUCAGUCACAAGUACGCACGAUACCGCCUCAAAGCUUGCAUGUUGCUCAAAGGAGUGCCUAUUGACGAUGCUGCAUUCGACUCCCAGUACCCUCCAGACCUUCCCUUGGACAACCACCGUCUUUACCAUGAAGAUGAAGCCUUGAGCUGGUGGUUUGACUUGGGCACCUCUUCACCCGCGACCUUGAGCGACUAUCAGCGGCUAGUCCCUUGUAAUGAAGGGGGCGUUGAGUUUGAAAGUUGGAGUAAAUACCGAGAGUUUUAUAGCACCCCUGAAACUGAUAGAGAUUAUCUGCUGUAGUGGGAAACGAUUGUGAAGGAUCUUAAGUGGAUUGAAGAACAUGUGCUUAAAGGCUAUAUGGAGUGGCAUGAAUUGCGUGCAAAAGCUUGGCGCCAAGCAGUUAGGAUUGCUACUAGGUUCGAAAACAUUCCUCUGAGCCUAGCAUAUUAUGGUUUCCGGGAGUAUACAACGAGCAAAUAUCUCGCGUUCGUGAAAGAUCUUGACUCUGUGUUUUUUGAGAUUUGGAAGCUGGUCAAUCGGCAGCAGAUGUCUUUCAGAGAUGCUAUGGAGCAUGUGUAUGAGGAGAGCCCGUUUCCAUUAAGCAAACGUGAUUUGGAGCACGAGCUGAGUCACCCUGUCUC